AGUGGAGUGGUAGCUGAGGUGGGAGAGGCAUUAGGCGAGGUGGUGUGAGGGCGGGAGGAAGGGCGGGAAAAAAGAAAUUCCAAAGUGUGGUGUGAUAAUGAAGGGCGGCAGGUGAAGGAGUUCGUGCAGUGAGGGAGAUGCUAGCAGUGAACAGGCGGUAGAGGUGAGGGGGCAGCGGAUGGUCAGGAAAGACCAAACCAUAGGAGUCAAGAAAUCAGGGGAAGGGCAAAGAGGGAUGCUAAGGCCCUUCGAGGGUUGGCAUUCCAAGGGGUAAGGGGGAGGGUUAGGAGGUGUGUUGGCGUUAGGGGCGGGGAAUAGUACUCAAGGUGGGUCGUAGAUGUUGUUUGUUAUAGGAGUAGUAGAAGUGUGGGGCUGUGAGGGACCCAUGCAGGGAUCGUGAUGGCAUGCAGGGGCUUGCGUGUGCAGGAUGGCGCUGGAGGGCGCGCUUUGCAGGCGCCGGUUGAUGUCUGUUGCACCUUGUGCAGCUAGGAGAACAAGGACUGCUGGGAUGCUUGGUGGCACCAGGAGAAUAAUGGAUGUUACGGUAUGUUACAUGUGUGCUGCUCCUGUUGUUGGGUGAUGUAUGGCGAUCCGAGAAAUGAAAUCUAUGUGACUGGCGGCAGUAUUGUUAUUGGGCUGUUAUGCGGCCCUUAUGCCUGUUAAUUAACGCGUGUGUAGCAUGCUAGGGUUCGGUUCGGCGCAGCGGUAAGAUCGUACAGCCAUGUUUGAUGCCUCCAUGCGUGUACUUGCGAUAUGUGCCGGGCAGGGGGGGGAGGCACGCGGAAGGUUGGAUUGCUGGGGAAUGCACAUGCUGGAAUGGGUCUGGCCGUUCCCUGGUGAAGGUAGAACGGGCAAUAAUGGUGCGUAAAUGAGCGUAAAUGGUUGUACAUGACUUCAUGCGUAUGCAAAUGUGCCUAGGUACAUGCCCGUUCCCUUACAUCGGCGUCGAGGGGGGUACGGCCAAGGGUACGGCACAGGAGUUGGAACGUCGUAAGCCACUCAACAUUACGAUUACUCACCCAUGGCGUUGGCUUGUCGUGUACUGGUAACAACUUCUGGUUUUCAAGGCUGCGUCAAUGCCACACGGUGUCACGUCAAUGCCAACUGCUGCUGCUGGCGGACAACAAUCCCACAAGGAAGGCUUUCUCAGACGACCCAUCACUGAAAGAAUUACACAUUGCAAAGUACCUUUUCUCGCCAAGAACCAAAACCAAAAACAGGCAUUUUGCUAUUGCCAAGCGUACGUGCGGUCAUCGCCUCCUUGUAAUGGGUGCAGCUCCGUCGACGUCUUCGCCUACGCUUUCCCAGUCCUCCAUCCCUCCGGUGCAACUGCCAUCACCGCUUGGCAGCAGCCAUGGACCAGACGGAGUAUGGUACUUCGCAUAUGGAAGCAACAUGAAUCCAAAUACGUUGACUGGUCGUCGUAAGGUGGUACCUCUCGAGUCCUGGCCUGCCGUUCUUCACGGCUGGACCUUGAGCUUCAGGAUGCUCGGCCUGCCGUACACGGAACCCGGGUUCGCCACCAUCGAGCGUGCCAGCAACGACUGCUCCGGCGCCAGCAGCAGCCCCAGCCCCAGCGCUGCCAGCAAACCCACCCGCACCAGCACCAACACCAGCAGCGACGGUACCAACAGCAGCACCAGCAGCAGCAGUGGUAGCCCCCACAGCCCUGGGCAGCAACAUCAGCAGCACAGCAGCGGUGACAGCGACAGCGACGGCGCCAGCAGCAGCACCAGCCGGUGGCUCCGCGAGGUGCACGGGGUGCUGCACCGGGUUCGGGUGGCGGACUGGGUGCAGGUGAUGGCCACGGAGGGGGUGUCAGGCGGCAAGACGAGCUACCGGGUGGUGGAGGUGGAGGUGGUGCUGUACGACGGGCGCCGUACUCGCGCGCUGACGCUGCAGGGGCAGCCGCCCUCGCUGCACUCGCCCGCCCGGCCCGUGGCGCCCUCGCGCCGCUACCUCGACCUGCUGCGAGAGGGCGCCCGCCACCACGGGCUGCACCCCGCCUACCUCGCCCACCUGGACUCCCUGCAGCCCUACCAGCGGGCCGGAUGGGCGCCGGUGGUGGGGCGCGGCGCCGCACUGGCCCUGGCGCUGCCGCUGCUGCUGCCGCUGCUGCCGCCCGUCCUGUACCUGCGGGCAGCCAGUGCGAGGAAGGCCGGCGGGGCUGCUGCUGCGGGUGCUAGGGCGGGCGGUGGUGCGGGUGGUGGAGCUGGGGCACGAACGGCAAGGUUGACGGCAGGAGCAAGGAGCGGAGAGGAGAAGGGUGAUAAUGACAGCAGCACCAGCAGCGGCGGGAGCAGCAGUGCUGGCAGCGGCGACGGGGGCGCAAUCUCAGUCGUGGCCGCGGCGGCGUCGGCGACCCAGUACGCCUCGGAUUUGCCGUCCAAAACGGCGGCUGCAGUGGCGUCGGCGGCGCCGCCGGCGGCGGAAGAGCUCAGUGCAAGCAUCGCGCGCGCGGCAGCGGCGCCGUCUGAGGGGCCACUACCACCCGAGCUGCUGCGCCCGCCGCUGACGUUACCAUUCGGCAGCGCGGUGAGCUACUACAUCCUGGGGGUGCAGUGGGUGAUAUGGGUCGUACAUGAUUACGUGGCGGCACCUGUACUGGGCAGCGGCAGCGCAGGUGGCAGCAGCGAGGAUGCAGGAAACUGAGGUGUACGGCGGUGUACGGCAGUGUACGACAGUACUUGGUGAUUGUGCGGGUAUCUGCAGUGGGCAUGUCGGCGCUUAUGAGUUCGCCGGGACGGUUCGGUCUAAGGAGGCAGUUGCACUGUGAACUGGGAGGACAUUGCUGGCAGCGACUUGCAUGGUGUGAGGGGUAGCGUUGCGAGGGGUGUACCGGUAUUUUCACGAGCAUGAGGGUAUACUAAAGAGAAUGACGAGGGUAUAGCGUAAGAGAGGGCACGCGAGGAGCAUCAUGGUGAUAGUGGUGGUGUGUAUAUAUGAUAAUGCGCGCAUGGCGGCGGCGUGCUGCACGGAUCCGUUGUCUGCUGUUGUCCCACAGCCCCUGGUGGCCCCCGGGGACUCGGCGCCGAGGCGUGGCGCUGUGCAGGCGGUGGGUACAUAAGGCUGAUGCUGGGGCGCUGGCGUCGACUUCCCUUAAACAAGGUCGGCUUGGGUUGUGUCGGAAGGGCAUUUGCGACCGGGUGGCAUCACGUGCAGGUCCGCAGCGAAGUGAUUUGGGCCGGCAUGAGUUGUGUAACAUAGGUACGCAACAGCGUGGAGAGCAGCAUGAGGGAUGUGCAUGGAGUGGGACAUGCGCUGUGAUGUGCAGCUGCUGGGGGGUCCUGGGCAGGUAUGCGCUGUGGAAAAGAAGGGUCGCACAUGCUCGUGGCUUAGUAGUUUUGCAAAGGCUGGGCUGGACGAGCUUCCAUGUGGCACAGGUGUGGUACCGGUAUGUAGGUCUCACAUGCACCUGGGGGAUGGGUGGUGCUAGAAGGAUGUUGCUACCUCGGCGUCCAUUAUUCCACGUGAUAGUGGCCCAAAUGUGUAACAUUAUGUGUGAUGAUACAUAAGGUUGGGCGUGGUCUGACACGUGUACGCGCUAAACCAUGGACGUGUCAAGCAGUCGACUGUAGAGCGCCGCAGACUUGCCGAUUCAUGGCUGCCAUCUACCAACCCAUACCGUCCCGCUGGGUCGGGGUCUGGUCUAUGUUGGAAUCCAAGUGUACAGGACGCGUAGUGUAUAAGGGAUUGUAAUAAGAUAGCAUUGAAGGCAGCAGAAAGGUUGGUAGGUUGUCCUAGUGCGCUGACGUACUGAACUCCAUGCAACGUUAGGGUUCAUGUCAUCUUAGUCACAACGACGCAACGUUGUUCAAUGAAAACAGAAAGCAUUAAGAUCUUGUAAACCUGUACCCAUUCCUAUUGUGUAGCGCACUGCAUUUCAUUGACAAAGCGAAAAAACUUUAGGUGCUGACAUUAGGGAGGCGCGAAAUGUUGAAGCUAUUUUCCGUCAAGGAUAAGCAGAAGCAGCAGCAAGACGCGGCGAAUGCCGGAGGCCCUAAGCCCGGGAAACUAUCAGCUGGCGAACUUCGCAUCCAAAAAGACAUGGCCGAGUUGAACCUUCCACCAAACAUCACGAUCCAAUUCCCUGAUGGAAAGGAUAAGAUGAUGCACUUCUUCAUUACUAUCCGGCCAGACGAGGGGAUAUACAGGGGCGGCAAAUUCAACUUUGAGUUCAACAUCCCAACUGGGUAUCCACACGACGCGCCGAAGGUGCUGUGCACGACAAAGGUGUACCACCCCAACAUCGACUUGGAGGGCAAGAUCUGCCUCAACAUCCUGCGCGAGGACUGGAAGCCCGUGCUGUCCAUCAGCUCCGUGGUGUACGGCCUGCAGUUCCUGUUCCUGGACCCCAACCCCGACGACCCGCUCAACAAGGAGGCGGCGCAGAUGUUCGUGGACAACCCGCGCCAGUUCGAGCAGUACGUGCAGCGCGCCAUCCACCACGGCACGUACAUCAACAACGUGCACUUCCCCUCGUGCCCCGCGUGAGGGCGAGCGCACACACACACACACACACGUUUCGCCUCGCGGCCAGUUAUUUUAACACACACACAUUGGGGGAGCUCUCCGAGCUCUCAGGCGGUGGAGGCGGUGCGACGUGCGAUGCUGCGGGGGACCUAGGGAGCAGCGAAGGAGGGGCCUUGUGGUGGGUUUGCUGCACCCUUCCAUGAGCAUUAGCGUGCUGUGGCUAAUGCUUAUGAAAGCAUUAGCACAGCAGCGGUAGCAGCAGUGGCAGAGUACGGCUGCGGAGCAAAGCGGUGCAAGCAGCAGCAGCGAUGAUGGUGACGACGACGCCUUCGUAGGCGCGGCAGGCGCUGGUGAGGAGCGGCAGCAGGCCUUGGCGGAGCGGAGGAUACGUGCAUGCCGGGGGUGGUUUCGUGGUGUUGGGACGUGGUGACGGAGCUGCUGCACGCAAAGAGGCGAGGAGGGCUUGGCGUUCCGGAGGCAGCCGGUAGGCGGGAGGAGGAGCUGGGUCCGGGCAUGGGAGGGGCUGGGGUGUCAAGGCUGGUGUUGGGCACGUGAAGUCUCACUUAUGCCGACCGGAAAAGCCGGCAGCCAGGGCUGUGGCCGUGGGCCCCGGUACAUAGCAAGCUGCAGGUAAGGAAGGUUGCGGAGCAACAUGAAGCGGCGUGACGGGUGGCAGCGUGGGUGUACGAGGCAGGGUGCAUGUUGCGGAGCUGCUGGUGGGUGCAUGGUGGGGGAGGUCGUGUGCUGCAAGUUGACUGGGGCAUGCGGCCGCAUGGGCAAGGCUUUGCGUUACUUAUGAUGCCGGGGCCGGGGCAAGACGCAUGUUUGGGUGGAGGCGUAAUGGAAUGAUGGAAGUGGCGUGUUGCUGCAGCUGACAUCUGGUGUGCGCUGGCUAAGUUAAGGAGGGCGGCGGUGGUGUGCCAUGCUGUGAGCGGCCUGGGGGGUGCCAAGCUAACGUUGUUUGGAGUCCUUGCAUGCGGCAUGCGGGUUUACUCCUGUUCAAGGCGUAUGCCUGGGAGGGUGAUGUUAGCAAUGCUGCUGAUGUUACCUAUUUUCCGAUGCUGGUGGCUGGAGGUGAAGAAAGCGGCUGGGAGCGCCGAAACGGUGCUGGACUGCAUAUGCUUUUAUAUGCGAAUGCGGACAUGCCUUAGAGCUGCCCGUUAAGGCUGCCACGACUGUCGUUAACAAUCUGUUUGUGACAAUUUGCUGAAUGCUCGAAGUUGCAUUCUCAAAAGAUGGUGCUGACUGAAUUUAUCCUCUCCGCUCACGCAAGACACUUCCUUGCUCCUGGACAGCUAGUACAACGGCAA